UAACAACUAAAGAGACUGCUGAAUUUUUGUAAAUUUUCUCGUAUUAAAACUCUAAUAAUUAAAUAGUGGGUUUUUGCUCAAUUCAUUUAAAAACUAUGGAUUCAGAGCUUCCUUCAAGUACAAUUUUUUGCUACCCCGCCGAUGUGAAAGAAAACUCUAAUAUUGAGGUUCUUAAUGUAAAUAAUGUUGAUUCUUCAGGCGGCGCAGUGUUAAACGAUGAAAAACUUUUGGAGCUGAUACAAUUAUAUCCAUUUCUAUACAAUCCACGGGUGCGCCCGUUCCAAGAUCCUGAUUAUGACGAUUGGGCGUGGAGUCGCAUUACCACGGCAUUCAAUGCAAACUAUAUAGGGCUACUACCACCGGUGCUAUUCAACAAAGAUGAAUUGCAACGUCGUUGGAAAAAAUUACAACCAAUUAUAAAGAAAAUGGCAAAAAUGCUUGAUUUGUCUGCUAUUCCAGAACCUUUACGUCAGAUAAUUGUAAAAAUAAGUAUCCAACUUGAGGAUCAAACUACAGACGUGCGUGUCAAUAAUUUAUCAAGUGCGCAACAAAUCAUAUACGAUAACAUGGACAUGGUCGAGCAGUUACCACUAAAUAAACGUUUGCAGUUGGAAGCUGAAAUGAUGGAUCUCAUACUAAAAGCUGAAUUGGAAACCAAAGCCACAGUUAAACUAACACAAACGCAUGUGAAAGAUAUCGUUGAAGAAUAUGAGGAGUUACUCAAUGUAAUGGGACUCAAAGAAUUAAUUGGUUUAAAAUCUCCAGAUGUAAAGUGUACGAGUGAGACAAAAGAUAAUGCACAAGAACAAACAGUGACCAGUACUACAUCGAACGGGUCAUAUGAAAUAAAUUUGACAAGCGAUAGUAGUUCAGAUGCCAAAUAUGAAUCGCUAAAUACCAUAGACUUUGAAGUUGAAAUGGGUAAAGGUGCUCAAAUAUUUAAGAAUUGUACGCCCAAGCCACAAUGGGUACCGCUAAAAGAAGCCUCCAAAUAUUUAAAACGAUGUGCCGUACGAUUGAAACGUACCAAUAUGGAAGACUAUAUACCAUUAUCUUUUAUAAAACAUCAGCGCAAGAGCACAUAAAUUUUGUAUGGAAAAUUUAUCUUGUUCGAUGAAAGUAUUAUUAAGUAGUACUUUAUUUACUGUAUAAGUAAUUUAUUAAAUAAGUUUACAAAGUAAUAUACAUAAAGCAACAUUUGGAAGCGUAGGUACCGCGUGUGCUAUAGGCAUAUGUAUGUAUUUAUAUGCGAAAAUAUGCUUACGGCAGUAUAUAAAAUAUUUUAAAAAAGUAUAAUAAGAAUCUAAUAACUUAUAAACCACACCUCCUAAUUUAUGCAUUACUGUGUUGUAAAUAGAAUAAAACAAAUUGUUUUGGAUUCAAA